GCGUUCGCAGCUAAGCUGGAAGAGCUUUCGAAGAAUAAGAAGAAAGAAGCAGUGGCUCAGGAAGCUUAAGAAACAACACAGGUCUGUAGGUUGAGCUAUCUCGUCUGAAAAAACUCAAUAAAACAAAAAUGGCUAACCGAGGAAGAGGCAGGGGUAAGCCGACCAUGUCCAUCAGCGCGGACCAGUUAGGCUUUUCCAAAGGAGAAGCUCUGCCGCCGCCGGUUCUACAGCCUCCGCCGAAAUAUCCGACGCUGGAGCACAAAGCGUGGCCUCCUACCAUUAACAAGGAGAUGAGUUAUCUUCUAGAACUGAAGAGAGAAUUCGCUGAGUACAUGAGGGAAUCGCAGAACAAUGUCGUACCACUGGUCGUUAAGAAAGACAUCGAAAGGUAUUCGGAUAGAUAUCAGGACCUAAUAACGGAUAAAAGUAGUUACGAGAUCAGAUAUGACUGGUCUAGAACGCCAAUGGAAUUGAAGCCCCAGCCGAAGAAGCGCAAGGGGCAGAGUGGUUCGUCCAAGCCUGAGAAGAAGCAGAAGAGCGUGGACAUCGAGACAAAGUUGCAGGAGCUGGAGAAGAAGGAGACCUCGCAGCCCAGCGACGCGGAAGAGGAGGAGAAAGAGGACGAGGACGCCGAGGAUAAGGACGACGAGCAUGCCGAGGACGAGGAGGAAGAGCAGGACGAGGAGAUGGACGAGGGAACGGACUACGUGAACAAUUACUUCGACAACGGAGAGGGUUACGACGACGAAGACGAUAACUUAGACGAUGGACCUAUUUAUUAACAUAUAAUUUUUUAUAAGAAUCAGAAAUUCCUUUCGGUUCUCGAUCACCGGACUAGGAUACUUACAAGCUGCUAGUUGAGCACUGCACGGCAAUGUGUAUAUACUCUUCCUACCUCACUCUCUCUCUCUCUCUCUCUCUUUCUCUGUUUUCCCUUGCCUCCUAUCCCCCUUUCGCACUCCCUCGCUCUCACUCUUCCUCUAUUUCUUACCAAGCUUUCAUGUGUACGGACAAUAAAUUAUAUAACAACGAUAAA